AUGAACAACACGGCCUGUGGAGCCUCCCCCAGCCCCAGGCUGGCUCGAUCCAUCUCCUUCCUGGGCUGCGUCACACAAGUCUUCUUGGUAGUUUUCUUUGGAGGCGCAGAAUAUUUUGUCCUCACGAUCACCUGCUCGGAGGGCCACGUCGCCGUCAACGUAAGCAUCACCGCCUCGGCAACGUUAUGCAUCAUCUGCUUCAUUCUCAUCAUUGUCUCGUACGCACGCAUCUUCCGGGCCAUUCUGAGGAUGCCAUCCGCUGAGGAGCUGUUCAUACUCUCGGCCAUGUCCCAUGACCCCUACGCCGCCGUCUGCCUCCCCCCAAGCUACGAGGUCGUCAUGGCUCAGAAGGCCUAUCAGAAGUUGGCCACUGACUUCUGGUUCAGCGGGGGACUUUUUGCAGCAAUGAUCACCUGCUCCGAGAAGAACAUGGUCAUCGACGCAACCGUGACUUUUAGAACGUCCUUAGGCAUCGUCUGGUUCAGUUCCAUCACUUUCUCGUACAUGCGUGUCUUCCGGGCCAUGCUGAGGAUGCCUGUCACCGAGGGUAGGGCCAAAGCCUUCUCCACCUGCCUGGCCCAUCUCACCGUUUUCACUGUCUUACUUUUUGCGGGUGUAUUUACCUAUAUCAAGCCGCCCUCAGACUCCUCCUUGAUCGUGGACCUGCUGGUCCCCGUGUUGUACACGUUGAAAACGCUGGACGUUGAUGAAUUCUCAAAGUGUGGGCGGGAGUGCGGCUAA